AGGUUGAAUGGAUGAAACGGAGAGAGCGGAGAGGUAUAGGCAUGCUGUGAUACGGCCCUAUAAAUUUGCCGGCAGGACUAUCUUCCUUUUAAAGACAACCUCCUCCUUGCAUUGGUUUUCACUCAGUGAUGUCGCGUAUUUGUGUGGCGCACCUGUAAAGAGCGAGACAGGCAGAAGCCGGCUUUUUUAAUUAUUUGAUUCCUUUUAUUUCUUCUGUUCUUUUUUCCCUUUUGUUUCAUGCAUUUGCUGAAAGGAAAUCAUUUCUGUGUUUUGAUUUAAUAAAUAUUUCAUUUCCUCAUUUUAUCUUGUUUGUGUUGGCUUUUAUGUUUCCAAGUUUGAACUAAGAGAGCGGAAUUCAUCAUUUUACGAGCUAUUGGCCAGUUGUUUCAUUCUGAGAUUGUUUGCCUAAGGACGUCCAUAACUUUCAUUUAUAGAAACGGCUCUCCGCUGAUUGGCUGAGGCUUUGAUUUGUGAGCGCGUUCCCGCCGCCGCCUUCCACUCUGCUGCGUAGAGAUCGACGCCAAAGUUUGAUGUCUGCAGAGUAAACAUCAAUAAAUAUCCGAGACGCCGACUCAACACCUCAAGACGGCAACUCCAAACUAACAUGGCAGUCAGACUGUGCGAUGUGGCUUCUCUGCUUAGAAGUGGUUCGUGGGCAUCUGAGCCUUGGACUGGGCAGGUAAUUGCUGCCAUGGAAACACAACUGUCCAAUGGGCCAACUUGCAACAACACAAGCAACGGCCCCUCAACAAUCUCAAACAACUGCUCCUCACCUGUAGAGUCAGGGAGCAUAGAGGACAGUAAAACUAACUUGAUAGUCAACUAUCUGCCUCAGAACAUGACCCAGGAGGAGCUGAAGAGUUUGUUUGGGAGCAUCGGUGAAAUUGAGUCCUGUAAACUAGUCCGAGACAAAAUAACAGGCCAGUCUCUUGGCUACGGAUUUGUUAAUUAUGUGGACCCAAAGGAUGCAGAAAAAGCCAUCAAUACCUUAAAUGGCUUGAGACUUCAGACUAAAACCAUCAAGGUUUCCUAUGCGCGUCCAAGCUCCGCCUCCAUCAGAGAUGCAAAUUUGUACGUCAGCGGCUUGCCAAAAACAAUGACUCAGAAGGAACUGGAGCAACUCUUCUCUCAGUACGGACGCAUCAUUACCUCACGCAUUCUGGUGGACCAGGUGACUGGCGUUUCCAGAGGGGUUGGCUUUAUUCGCUUCGACCGGCGGGUUGAGGCUGAGGAGGCCAUCAAGGGUCUGAACUGUCAGAAGCCACCUGGUGCCACUGAACCCAUUACAGUGAAGUUUGCAAACAACCCAAGCCAGAAGACUAGCCAGGCCCUGCUGUCCCAGCUGUAUCAGUCGCCCAAUCGAAGGUACCCAGGACCCCUCGCACAGCAGGCACAACGCUUCAGGUUGGACAAUCUGCUGAACAUGGCCUAUGGAGUGAAAAGGUUCUCUCCCAUGGCCAUAGACGGGGUGACCAGCUUGGCUGGCAUCAACAUCCCGGGGCACGCGGGCACUGGUUGGUGUAUUUUUGUCUACAACCUGGCUCCAGAUGCAGACGAAAGCAUCCUUUGGCAGAUGUUCGGGCCGUUCGGCGCCGUCACAAAUGUCAAGGUUAUUCGCGACUUCAACACAAACAAGUGCAAAGGAUUUGGUUUUGUCACCAUGACUAACUACGACGAGGCAGCGGUAGCUAUCGCCAGUUUGAAUGGAUACCGCCUCGGGGACAGAGUGCUGCAAGUCUCCUUCAAAACCAACAAAACACACAAAGCCUAAUACCCACUGAGAUUGUUUCUAGAAAACUCAGCAGAAACAGAAAAUGGAAGCGUACCGACCGUAACUUUCUACAUUAGUAAAAGCUUUGUAAAUCAGUGUUAUGAAAAAACUAUAUUUAGCAUCCAACAAUGUGAUUUUUUUCUUCUUUUUUUUUUCUUCUCAUUGAUACGCUUUGAAUCUUAAUAUACUUUACAACAGAAAAAAAUACUGCAGGUUUGAUGCCUGUGCUGUUGAAUUCUCUCGCUGGCUUUACAAAUGGACCAUCUAAAACGUUACUAUAGGUUUGUCAUUUUGUUGCACAUCUGCUUUGAAACAGUAAGUCUUGUAAAGUUAUGUGUGGUGAUUUUCUUUGUAUUUUUGUGUCCUGAUUUGCCUUAGGUGCGUUUAUGCCUUCAGUGGUUAGCAAGUACUUACUUUGAACUGUUUGCAGUUUUGUUUUUUGUAAGUAUUCUGUUUAUUGUAAUAUGAGUUGGUUAUUGGUUGGCUGCAUAAUGUUGCUUAUUGUAAACUUAAAGGAUAAAAGACAAAAAAAAUUCUUAAAGCAGUACCUUGCCAAAGAGCUAAGAACCUCUUUGAUGUGGGUUUGAAAAGCAUCUAUUUUUAUAAAAAGAAAAAUUUGGAGAAACUUUUUACUGGACCUGGAACAAAAUAUUUUGACUUGGAUACUUUGAGAAAUAUCUUCAUAUGACACCUUGUGAGCUUUUGAACUUUACAAGAAAGUUUGCAGUGGUUGAAAUUUCUGGAGAGAUUUAUGAUGUAAAAGAUACCUUUUGAGAUCUUUGUAUUAUCUUUAGAUUCUAGAAUCAAUGGCAGUGCUGGUUUCAUUUGUAAAAUCAUCUGUGGGUCCCCUGUCAUCCUGGUUGUUACGACUAGCAGCUCGUUUUCCGAUUUGAUUUGGAAACGGGACAAAAAUACAAAGGUUUAUUCGCUAAAAGUGCAUGCAAAAUUAUAAUGGUGAAAUCUUAAAAGGACACGGAGGAUAAAAAUCAGUUCUUCCCGAUGGAUUCUCUUCAGAUGGAGCUCACGGUGUUUUGUGGCGUACCUACGAUGUAUCAUUAGACUGAUUUUUGUCUUUAGCUACCAAUAAGGGUUUUUACAUACUUUGUAUGAAGAGUGAGGACAAGCCGAUGAAGGCAGCAGCUUGAGAAGAACCUAGUGAGGAUAGAAGGGAUUGUUCCUUAGCUUUGAGCUAUGUAAAUAAGUCCUUUUUUAUGUUGAGUAUUUGGCAAACUUUUGGUUGUAGUUUGGACUUGAUUGGAAAGUGUGAUUAAUAUAUACAAUUUCUUUUUUUUUUCUUUUUUCUUUUUAUGGAGUAUGUAAGGUAAUUUCAGUUUGGAUAUAAAACUCCUUGCUUUCAGUUUUCCGUCGGUUAAAUACUUGAUUUGUUGUCCCAUGGACUAGCAUUAAUGUGCAUCAAAUUCGUUGGUCGUUUGGUCUGUAGAUAGUCUUGCUUCGUAAAAAAGGUACUAAGAAACUAUAGACAUUUGUUUUUGUUUUUUUAUAUAUAAACAUUAUAGAUAUAUAUUUAUGUGGUAAAGAAUGACUAUAAACCACAGUUUUGAACUAUUUGAUUACUUUUUUCAUACUCAUAUAUACGUAAUGCAUAUAACCUGUCUUUAAAAUCGUAAAGGUGUAUAUUGCUUUAUUCACUUUGGGGGAAGGUCCGUGAAGCAGUUCCAUUACGAUGGCUAAAUUGGUUGUCGAACAAACUCAUCUCAAACAAACGGCGGAGGCUGGUGAAGCCUUAGAUGCACUGACUACUGCACCUGCAUCCUGCUUGGUAUCUAAACCAAUUACUAGUCAUGCUUCCCCUCAAAUGAGCAGUGUGCUAUGCAUUAUAAAUUAUAUUUGCGACUGCUUUUUCUCGUUUAUCUAUUCCUUUGUGUUACUUGUAAACGUUAAACUUUAAGUCAAGAGGAUUUUGUGAAAAUUGCUGCUGUGGUGCGGAGGCUCCGUUUUUCAUGCCUGACCUGUCAUCAACAGGUUUUUGUUUUGUUUUUGUAAGUACUUGAUGAUUCUUUGGUCUUUGGUCAAAUUGUGCUGCUGGUCUGGCAUGAAAACCGUUCCCUCUCACCCCCUCUUAUUCUCAAUUCUUGCUAUGAGAAUGAUUAUUUAUUUGAAGUUGUAUAGACUGACUUGGUUCACAGCAUUUUUGGAAUAGAAUCGUAUUUAAAAGGAUGUACAUGUUCUUUACUUUGUGUUUGGAUACUUUGGAUUUUUUCCAUGUUCUCAGUACAUCAAUAAAUAAGUUGAAGGGCAA